AAUUUUACCGUCAGUCGCAAAGCUAAACUCGUCAAGUUCAAACGGGUAUUCUCCGGGAGCUAUUCCGAGUUUCUUGUGAAUGUGGAUUGUUGUGUGUUUUUGCUGAAACAUCAGGAUUUUCUUCAGAAGGAUAGGCAGAGUGCGAUUGAGGAGAGAUCGAGUGUCCGUUUUGCAAUCCGGAAGAAUUUCGCAGAACGUAUGCUGCAAGGAUAAUUGAUUCCGGAUAGGGAAGUUUUGUGCAGAGGAGCGUGAUUCUUGUGGUGUAAUUUGAACACAUUUCGUUCGAUGCUGAUUUCGAUAGGUGUUUAUAAUUGCGAAAGGAUUUGAUUUUAAUGUGUUUGGUUGGGUAGCUAAUUGUAGCGCAGGACUUUUUGCGGUGUGAAAAUAUAUCUGGUGAGGUGAGGAUUAUGUAAAGCAGCAGCAGCAUCAGCAUCUGUAGUGUGUGGUAUAGGUUUGACACAGGACGUGCCUCCAGAGAAGUCACACGACCGAGUUUUGCGUAUGGGAAAUUGCGACAUCUGAUUUAAUUGAUUUUUCUCUUCGCAACUGGACAAACUCUCUGGUGGGGAGGUUUUUAUUUGCGGGUACACAGCUGAGAAGCACCUCAUACCCAAGGAAACCAGGUUCGGCACCAAAAGCGGAAUCACCUACACUGCAGAGUGAGCAAAAGGAUUCGCUGCGAUUCAGAUGCGUUUCCGUAGAAAGGUGUCUUGCUACAGAUCCUUUCCGAUAGCGUCAAUGUCCCCGAUAAUACCUUAGCAGUGAACACCUAACGCAUUGAAGUUUCGGUCGGGUCUCGAUGUUGUCAAUGAGAGAGUGUUUCCCCGCCAUGGAAAAUGGGUUAAAUGGAUUGACCUAGGCCGCCGUUGGUAGUCAACGUAGACGUUACAAGCGAGAGAAUCCUGGCCGAAGGCGUUUGCCUAGCAGCCGUAGUACAAAUAGUGAAAGGUUUAAUUCAAUUAAAAUCUAGACACAAGACAGCAUAGUGCUGAGCUGCGGCGGGUGGAAAGUGAAAAUUGUUUCUUCCGCGUGGACCAGAGAGCAUUGAGCCGAGCAGAGAGUGUGUGCAAGAAUUUUUCUUCGGUUUUAGCGAAAAACUAGAAGUAGCAGAACCGCAAGACCGUCGCAGUCGGCGACGAAGGUAGCAGGCGGUGUGUUGAACAGCAGUGUCCACGAACCGCAUCGAAGGAGGCUCGCAAGGAAGAGCGCCUAGCCUACUACAUAGCAAACUAUCGCAGCAGUGAGUCACAUGAGAAGUCUACGAAGGCGGUGAGAGUGUGAGAGUCUCGCUCGCGGGAAAACGACCUGAGCACGAACUAACGCGGAUUUUCUUUGGCCCACUAGGCAAGAGAGAGGGAAAUCCGGCGGCCCCACGAGAGGAAUCCCUCACACCGAACGGAACCACCAGGAAGGAAGGAUCGUUUUUCGCCGGUUGCACCCGUCGAUGGUCUCUGUGCUGUUUGGCCAACAUCAUUUAGUAGUUGACUGGCUACUGAGCCGCGUGUGAACACUUCUCCGAGCGUAUCCAGGAAGUGAGCCUAGACGUUGCAAAGUCGUUUGGAGUUGUACCUCCGGUUUGUGGUGUUAAACAAUUAGGUAAUCGGUCAGGUUUUUGCCCAAGCAGGCAAGUUUUUUUUUGGAGGAGACGAAAAACCCGAUCAAAAGAGGAAAAAAAGGAAAAUCAAUUUACGUGUGUAGUUGUGCAAAGUUUUUCUACAUCAGCAUAUAUAUGUACUCUUGUUAUUUCUUUUGGACGUCCCCGUGUUCUGUAGUUGCCGUGUGUACAUAAAAAGCGAAAGGAGCGAAAAAAAAAACUGUACGAAGAAUCUGUUUCAGUACCGCAGUGGGACGUUAAUUAUAUAAGAAUAAACUUGAUUUUUGAGUGUUUUUCUGUUUGUUCAAUUAGAGCAAGUCUCGCAGUGGAAAAUAGUAAUUAAAUAAAUGCUUUUGUUGCCUGCAAGUGACAGUUUAGUCUCAAAUAGUAACGCUUCAGAAAUCCUGUGUGUUUAGCCUGUGCUUAGUUAGCUAAUGUACCGCAAAGUUUGGUGUUAGCUGUCGGUGUUGUACGUUUGCUGAUUCGUGGAAACUCGUGCAAGUGCAUUGCACUAUAUUUACUCAAACUGGAAGACAAACAUUCAGUCGACUUCGAGGUCGAUAACAUAGAAGAAAAACCUGUGAAGAUUGUGCUUGAAGCUUACAAGGAGUGAAGAAAAAUUGUGUCCUGAAAAACCAAUCAAAACCCGAAAGUAAUUCCCAAGUAAAAUAUAAUCGACAAAUCAAUCGUUUCUGAGAGUUGGACCGCGAGUUCGACACCCAAGAAAGUGCGGGUCAGCGAGAGGAACAUCCCCUGCCCUGCCCUGGCGCGGUUGAACUGUGAUGGUGCUCUACGUGAAGGAUUUCUAUCGUAAGGAGCCCGACCGGCUGAGGCAGCCGCGACUCGUGUAGCUCUGCCAUGAACAAGCAUCUCUGGAAUAGCGAUACAUCCUGGGGAUGUGUCCAGGCGUUGCUGGCGCUGAUCCUGACCAUCCUGCUGUUGCCCGGUCCAGGUGGCGCAUUGGACCCUGGCAUCGACCUUCUCGACGCGCUAAGUUUACACACAAAUUUAUCCCAAUAUCAAGGGGUUACAGUCACACAAGAGUAUCAACAUCAAAGGGUAUUUCAUUUGUCAGGUGGCGAUCGAAAUCUUGCCCUUCCGACGUCGGUUUUUCACCGGGCCGUGGACCAGAUGAAGCGGACGUCAGAUUUUACGUUUGCCGUCGUCCUGAAGCAGGAGCAAGCUAACUCUGGGACCAUCGUUUCCUUUUCAAACGGAAACAAUAGGUAUUUAGAAUUACAAUCAAGUGGAAGACGUGACGAAAUACGUUUUCAUUACACACACAUAACAGCAGCGGGCGCGACGCAGAUUCACACCGAGUCCUUUCCGUAUCGACUCGCAGACGACGCCGAGCACAAGGUGGCGCUAACGGUCAGCGGCACCGAGGUGCAGCUGUACAUCGACUGCCAUCCACUGUAUAAACGAGUGACACAUUUUUUACCAGAUAGAAAUUUUAGUGCUUCCAAUAUGCAAUUAUUCGUCGGACAAAGAAACUCAAAUAGUCAUUAUUUAUUUAAGGGUGAUUUAAAAGAUUUACGUAUUAUCACCGGACCGUACGGUUAUUUAUCACAAUGUGAACUAAUGGAUGCACAAUGCCCCACAUGUGGGCAGUUCUUAGAGUUAGAGAAUGCUUUACUAGGAUUAAAAGAAAUGAUUACGCAUUUAUCAAGAAGGCUAGUGGCUGCAGAGCAACGCGUUUCGAGUAUAGAGGAAUGUGAUUGUAAAAAAUCAUGCCUAAUUAAUGGUACAAGUAAAAACGAUGGUGAUAUAUGGGAUAUAGGUUGCAGUCAGUGUAAAUGUGAGCGUGGUGAAGUCACGUGUGGUCCAAGACCAUGUCCAGAGGUUAAGUGUAAACAUCCAGUAUUAGAGGAGGGUGAAUGUUGUCCUAAGUGUUUAAAAAAUUGUUAUAUUAAUAAGAAAGACUAUGAACACGGCGAGAAGCAGAUCCUAGGUUGUAGAAACUGCUCGUGCAUAAACGGCAAUAUGAUGUGUGAUAUGCUGCAGUGUCCGGAGCUCAAGUGCCCCCCGGAGCAGCAAAUGUCGGUGACGGACGAGUGCUGUAAAUUUUGUCAAGGAGUGGACUAUUGCUCAAAGGGUCACGCAUGUCAUACUAACGCUACGUGUCUUAAUCUUAACACCAAGUACACGUGUACCUGUCGCUCGGGCUUCCACGGAGAUGGGUAUGAUUGCUCUGACAUCGACGAGUGCGCUCAGCAAGGUGGUCUUAAUGGUAAUCACUGCCAUUUGAACACGCGCUGCGUCAACACGUUCGGUUCGUACGUGUGCGAGUGUCUGCCCGGCUACCGGCAGCUGGACAAGUUCAACUGCAUCGAGGUGGACGAGUGCAAGUCCGGGGAGCACAGCUGUCACCAGCAUGCGGACUGCAUCAACACGGCCGGCUCGUAUCACUGCCGCUGCAAGGCCGGCUACGAAGGCGACGGGUACGACUGUAAACCGGUGUGCAAUCAAACUUGUCUGAAUGGGGGCGAAUGCCGGACGCCCGGUGUGUGUACGUGCCGAGCCGGCUAUGUGGGUGAAUCCUGCGAGAAGGAUCUGGAUGAGUGUGCGACCGGGGUGCACCGGUGUAAGGAGACAACGAACUGUGUUAACAUGCCAGGAUGGUAUUUCUGCAAAUGCAAGCCUGGAUUUGAAACCAAAGGAAAAGAUUGUGUAGAUAUAGAUGAGUGCUAUCUGAACACGCACAGCUGUCACGCGACGGCCCGGUGCGUGAACACGCAGGGACAUUUCGAGUGUGUGUGCCCGUCGGCCGAAGAGCGGACAUCCAGCGGGACUUUGGCUGCGCUGUCCAGUAUCGGUGCAUCCCGCGACUGUAGGUUAAGUUGUGUGUUCGAGGACAGUGAGAUUCCGGACGGUGGGCAGAUCUCGCCCCGGAAUCAACCCUGUAAGGUGUGCACCUGCUCCAAGGGAGUCAUCAGCUGCGUGGAACCACCGUGCAACUGUUCGACCUGGCGGAGGGGCAGCGGACGUGACCUGUGCUGUCCGCAGUGCGAUCCCAAAGAGUCCUGUCAGCACCAGGAGCUGAAGCAUGUGACGUUUCGCAGCGGAGAGCAGUGGAUUUACCAGUGUCAGACGUGCGAAUGUCUGUACGGUGAAUUCGACUGCUGGAAGCUGGAGUGUCCACCGCUGACUUGUGAUAACCCUCUCCCGCUUGGGCCGGGUGACUGCUGUCCGCGGUGUCCGGAUGACAUGUGCGGGCUCGACAAUACUACGGCCGCCAACGGAAUAACCGGAGGCUCCGGGAGCUCGUGCCUGUACGACCAGCACAUCUACGCCUCUGGACAGUCAUUCAAGUACUCGUCCAGAGAGUGUGCCACCUGUUCCUGCAAGGUCCCCUACUGUGCCCAACUGGUGAGCAAUUCCGCGUGUUGUGUGCAUCGGACGGUAAGAUCACCUGCCGUUACGAUGAUCAUUGUGAUGACGGUGAACUACGAAAGAUUGAAGGGCCUCCUGCAAAUGAUAGUGUUAAGGAUAGUAUUUCUAAUAGUAAAUCAUCGCAAACAACGACCCCAAAGACAUCACCGCAGCAAACAGCAGACUACAGCAGUAGUCUCGCCACAACGACAGCCACGACGAUCCCACCACCACAACCAACAGCAGCAGCAGAAGCAGUUAUGGUCACUCCAGGACAACCAACUCAAUCAGCUUCGACCACCGCAUCAGCAUCAGCAAUACCAAAGCCAAGUUCUACCCGCACUGUGCAGCAACAGCAGCAAGAGGCACAACAUCAGUCAAAGUCACGCACUCGAAAUACAGCGAAGAAGCUACUCAAGCGAUCGUUAUCACCCGAAACGACCGCCAGCUUUGAGACCACUCCAUUUGCCACACCUCUCCGAAGGUACAUUGGAAACUAAGUUCAUCCAGGCGAGCAACACGCUGAUCAGUUCCAUCAUCAUCCGACAGUAGAUAAGCAGUUGACAUUCCCUUCGUAUUCUGGCCCUGUUCCAUACUCAAAUAUAUCGACAAAAUUCGUUCACGAGCCAUUUGUACCCCAAUUCUCAGUCACAUGAAAUGCUCCAAAUCGUUUAUGUGAACGCCUGCCUACGUUACCUGUGUAGUUACGUGUACAAUUAUUUUGUAAUUUGAACUAGCGGUUGAACCAAUUUAUCAAACUCAAACAAAUCACAUUCAUAGUAAGACAAGUUUUAAAGAAAUUCAAAAACAAAAAAGAAAACUAGCAACUUUGUAUUUAAAUUGAAGUUUUUAACUCCGAGUAAAAAAACAACCUAUAAUACGGCGUUGACAGUGAAACAAAUUGCCCAAAACGACUAAACCCAUACUUUGUACCAAGUUCAAUCCAAAAUCUACCGUCAGCAAAAAUUUUCUCAACAUUCAUUCUCAAGUUCUUGCUCUAUCUUUCUGUCUUUUCAUUCAAACAAUUUGUCCCGAACGAAGAAAAAAAAACAGUCAAACGAAAAAUAAGACACGAAAAAUGUAACCAAGCGCAUCAAGUAAGAAGUCAAUAAGUAUAUAACAAAGACGUUGAAAAUUACAAAAAAAUACAAAACAACAACGCUUAGGAGGUCUAAUAACGAAAGUUCGCUAAUGAAAUGAAACCCAAAUCAAAAGGAACCGGCCGAGGGGACCGGUUCGUUGUUAGCUAUGUGAAAAGCGCGAAAAGUUAAGAUUUUUUCUGUUGAAGCGGAGCAGCUGCGGGUGCGAGUUUGGUUGUAUCAAAUUUCUACGCACAGGUUUUUUUUUAAUUGUUUGUUUUAAGAGAUUGUAUUAGUCAAAUCAAACAUUUUUCGACGCAGAUAUUGUUAGUCACAAAUAUACUUGUCUAUCGCUUUACCAUCAAUUUAUUGAACCAGUUUACGAGUGUGGUUAUAAAUUUAUUGAUCAGAGCUAGUAUUGCCAAUUUUUAAUUUAUGUGCGCAUUGCAAAAAACUGCUUUGUUCCGCCCUGCUUCAUGGCUUAACCACCUCACCCCUCUCCCUAACUAUGCCCUUGCCCUUCCCUACGCAUAAUCAAAGUUGCAUUUACCUCGUCACGUUGGAAAAGCAGCACUGUAAACAUUCAAUAUACAAACUGCAACUUCUGUUUAUAAAACAGAAGUUGCAGUUUGUAUAUUGAAGAUACAAUACUGCCAUUCUACGCCUACUUGCCCCAUGUUCCAUGUAAACCUAAUGGACCGCGGAACAAAUAUGCGUAGAACGGCAGAAUAGCAGAAAUUAGCUAUAACCAAGCCGCACCAAUUUAGCUACAAAAAUACAUUCCUGAACUCAGAAAUAGAUCACAAAAAAACGUGCUGACGUCGAAAGUAUUACAAGGAAUGUAACGUUGAAGCAUGAAACAGAAUAGAACGUUUGCAAUUGUACAUAGUAGUUGAAUAGUGUGUAAAAAGUCCUAAUUACUAAACAGACGCGAAAAUGGCGCAUGAUCCUGUUCGUAUACUAUUUAUUUCAGUGCGCGUGACGUGACCGUGAUUGUUUCCAUCGAAACAGCAACAGCAUCGUGGCUUAAGUGUAAUUUUGGUUUUCUUAUCAACAGUAAAUAGCACUAACAGACACAGUAGCGUAAUCCUCAUCCAAGUGUUGACCUUUAAACAGUACAGCAACAAUGUUAGAAUCGAGCGUGGAAGCCCUAUCAUUCUGUUAUUGUUCACAACCGGUCAAGUGUCACAAUUCUAGUCAAUUUCAGUUAUUUGUUAAGUGUAACUUAUUUAUUACCAAGUCUUGUUUUCGGUACCAAAACAUUUUUUCUCCUCAUUUACAUUAACUCUCUUAAAAUAUUAGAAGGAAAGUGAACAAAAAAAUAAACCACAUGAAACAAUCAAACACAUUCGCUAGGAAGGUAAAGAGAGAAACGGUAUUUUGAUUACAGUAAGAAAGUGCAUUUUUAUUUGUAGGGAUAUAAGCUUAAAGAUUAAAUAGAAGAAAUUCUACCUAUAAACAAUCAGUAACACAAAACUAAAACCAAAACGAUAUUUCGGAGACCCAAACAUGACAGAACAAAUAAGCAAAUGUUGAAUAACACACACAAACACUGAACGGAAAUAUAUAAAUAACACUACUAGAAUGAAAACAAACAAUACCAGUCAACUCGUAAUAGGUCAGUUCGUUUUGCCGAAUACAAAUGCAAAAAAAAACGAAAAUGAAAAUAUUAGUUCCUUAUGUCCGGUGUCCGAUAUUGUGAAUGCUGUGAAGUUGAUUCAAUACAUACUGAAAUUUUUUUUGACUGUAUUAUUUGAACCAAUUGAGUAAAAAGGAUGAGAGAAAGAGAAACCAGCGGAAGAAUAAAUAUUAAAAGCAGGAUACGUUUGUGUGUGUAUUUUAGAACAUGCCAUACCCAAUGUUGCGUAUGUAUGUAGGAAUAUGAAACAACUCAGUAAACGAUAGGUUAAUUUACUGGAGCUCAUCAAUCACAAACAAUAACAAACCAAUGAAACUGAAAACAAAAAUAAACCCAUAGAAAACCAUCGCAAUUUACUAUCAUCGAGUUUACAUGUAGAAAUUUGUUUGUGUUCAACUCGUGUGACAGCUGCGGUUUUCUGUCAUGCCUUUCAACCCGACAAUUUGCAUACUUGGUGCGUCUGUAAAUAUUGUACGCGAGAAGCAUAAUAUUAACGAUUAAUGUUCUGCGCUGUUAUUUUAUUUUUGCCAAGCAAAAAUCUGCUUCAACUAACAAAUGUGCAGAACUCACUCACACACAAACACGUAUGGAAGCAAGGUAUUACAUUUCGACAACGGAAACAACAAUGAACCAAAUGCUCUCUGUUUUUAGACUGUGUAUUUGAAGAUACUCUCCUAAGUUUUUGGCCUUUUGAUGAAUGCAUUGUAGCAUAGCGCUGUUGAGAUAUAGAUUGCGCUGUAUUCAACGUCAGAUUAAAUAUAACAGAAGAACAAAAAUGUAAUAAAGAAAAUCAUACAAUAAAAUUAAACUCUAAAUUGAUCUAAACAAACUGUAUGGUAGGACAAAAAUAAAUUAACUGUCAUGUAACUAUCACUAGUUAAGUUUCUAAUCCUAGCGAGUAUAAAAAAUUCUUGUAAAUACUAGGUAAUAAAAAUAAAAAAAAUAAUAAAAACAACAAAAAUUAGCAUCCAUGGUGAUGAAGAUUAGGGAGAUGAAGACAAUGUAACAAUGAUAAGUGAAAACAAAAUCGAAAUAAACCUUCUCAUUUCGAUAGUUCAGAGAAUGAAAGGAAAAAACCGAAACCGAAUGAAAUUACUACACAGCAUGAGACAGUUCAAGAC